AUGAGUGAUUCGUUCUCGUUAAGCUCUACCCUUUUGGGCCACUCACUGGAUGUUAGAUCCCUUUCUGCUGUUGAUGAUGUGAUUAUUUCGGCUUCAAGAGACUCGACUGGUCGGAAAUGGACACGAGCCAGUGACUGCAGCGAUUGGAGUUCCACUGUAGUGUUCCAAUCUCCGACAUCAUCGUUUGUCAAUGCUGUGAGUGCCAAUGACCUUUGGACGGCCUUUGGUGGCAAAGAUUGCAUCAUAUAUUUAUCCGAGACACAUGGCAGUGGAGAUGGUGAUACUAAGACUGAAGGAUUCGAAUUACCUGGCCAUUCAUCCAAUGUGUGUUCGUUAGCAUUCCUGUCUGAUCUUCGGAGAUUAAUUUCCGGUUCCUGGGACUCAACAGCCAGAGUCUGGGACUUGGAAUCAUUUACAACUAUAUAUACGCUCAAGGGCCACAAAUCUUCAGUCUGGGAUGCCAAAAUCAUCGAUGAAGACACAUUUAUAACUGCUUCUGCUGAUAGAACCAUUAGAUUAUGGCAGAAUCAAACUGAAGUACGUCAAUUCAUUGGUCAUAAUGAUGUGGUUAGAAAGAUUCUAUUAUAUCCUGAUGAUCCUAGUCGUUUUGCUUCUUGUUCCAACGAUGGAACCAUCAAGGUUUGGGAUAUUGAUUCAGCAAAUUGUAUCCAAACACUAUCCGGUCAUGAAUCAUUUGUAUAUGAUAUUGCUUUGGCCCCUACUGGUGAUAUCAUCUCAACUGGUGAAGAUAGAAGUAUUAGAGUUUGGAGAGAUGGGGUGUGUAUUCAAGCUAUACGAUUACCCUGUGUUUCCGUUUGGUGUGUUAUAGUAUUAUCCAAUGGUGAUAUAGCCGUAGGAGGCUCAGAUAAUACUAUUAGAGUAUUUACCUUAGACUCUCAACGGGUUGCUUCUAAAGACGCUUUGGAAACAUUUUUGGAGUCUGUUAAGAGUUCGGCCAUCUCCGAACAAGGUCUUGAUGAUUUGAAGCAUACUGAUUUACCAGGACCUGAAGUUUUGGAGAAACCAGGUAAACAAGAGGGUCAAAUCAUCUUGGUUAAGAUACCAGCAACCGGUACAAUUGAGUCCCAUCAAUGGUCUAGUGGUAGUUGGAUGAAGAUUGGUGAUGUAGUGGGAGCAGCUGGUAAUAGUGAGGGUAACAAGAAGGAACUCAAUGGUCAAUUGUAUGAUUAUGUAUUUGACGUUGAUAUUGAAGAUGGAGCUCCACCAUUGAAGUUACCUUUCAAUACUACUGAUAAUGUUUAUACUGUUGCCACCAAGUUUUUGGCUGAUAAUGAGUUGCCCAGUUCUUAUACUGAAGAGGUGGUGAGAUUCAUUAUGAAGAACACAGAAGGUGUUACCAUCGGAACAGAUAGAGCAUUGGAUGACAAUGAUAAAGAAGGUGAGCAGAAUAAUUGUGUAGCUGAAAGUGUUCCUAACUCUGUUUCUGAACGGUCCCUAUCUGUUAUUCCUGUGAAAGACUACAUCUUCUUCAAAGACUACAAUGGAGACCAGAUCAUCAAGGGCAUGCGAAAGUUCAACUCCCAACAAGAUACAGAGCACCAACUCGACGAUAUUCAAUUGGAGGAGAUCUGUGGGUUACUCGGAGGAGAUUUAAGCUCCAAAGCAGCCAUAGACUUGAUUGAUCAUCGGUUACCUCCACUCUUCAAGACGUGGACUGAAGAAGCUCAACUUGUGUUGUAUGAUAUCUUGAGAAUAUGUAUUCCCCGAGUUAGCAUGGGGGAUAUACUUAAUUCUGCCACUGCAGGAGAGUUUAUAUAUUCUGUUGUUACUAGGGAAACAACCAAUGUUUCUGUGCUUAUGAUGAUCACCAAAGUGUUGAGUAACAUAGUGGGUAAUUUAAUUUUAUUUGUUCAGAUAUUUGUUGAUGAAAAUGGCUAUGCCAACACCCUUGCAAACACCAUUGGGGGUUUGAUGAUCAAUGGGAACAAGUCCAAAACCCACAAACAUUACAAUGCACUUAUGACCAACGUGGCCUCGUUCUUGUACAAUGUCUCGGUGUUCCAAUACACAUCGAAGAAUGCUCCCAGUUCAAGUCAACCAUUGGUAGAUAUCAUGAACCUAUAUGGUGAUGAGAUUGCUCGUUCCAAUAGUGAAGCUGCGUAUAGAUUGACUGUUGCAUUAGGGAACGUUCUUGUCCAAGGCACUGCUAUGACCGUUGGACCUCCAUGGUUGAUCUUUAUUGGUGAUACUUAUAAGGAACACAGGUUUGUGGUUGUUGCAAAGGAUAUGAUGCAAUUAAUAAAGAGAUAG